AUGGCGACCGACUAUCCCGCCCCAUUCAUCAUUCCGCCCCGUGUCUCUCCCCACAAGCAGACCUUCAUCAUCCUCCACGGUCGCGGCGCAACAGGUGAUAAAUUCGGGCCGGUGCUCCUAGACACACCCAUUCCACAUCUCCCAACCUCUACCGCACCAUCACCAGAAGCCGACGACCCAUCCGCCACGACCCUCGCCUCAAUCUUCCCGCACGCGCGCUUCGUCUUCCCAUCCGCCGCCAGGCGCCGCGCCACAGUCUACCGCCGCGCCUACACGCACCAGUGGUUCGACAACUGGAAGCUCGACCCGCCCGCCACGGACCGCGAGGACCUGCAGAUCCCCGGGCUGCGCGAGACGACGACGUACCUGCACGGGCUGUUGCGCGACGAGAUCGCGCUCGUGCCCGGCGGUGCGGCGAAAGUCGUGCUGGGCGGCCUGAGCCAGGGGUGCGCGGCGGCGCUGACGGCGCUGCUGCUGUGGGACUCCGAGGGCCGCGGGGCGCCGCGCGUUGCAGCGUUCGGCAUGUGUGGAUGGCUGCCGUAUGCGCGGCGGAUGAGCGAGCAGGUGGAGAUGGAUAUGGCUCGGGAUGGGGUGGGUGGAAUGGAUGGAGAUGACGACUCAUUCGAUCCGUUCCAGCGGGACGAGCCCGGUGGUGAAGCCACGACUUCAGAUGAGGCGACUGAGCCGUUCGCCCUGGCUGUUGGCUGGCUACGUGACGAGCUUGGGGUGGUGGCAAAGGGGACGACUAGCAGCCCGGAGGAGACGGGGCUUCAGACUGUUCCGCUUUGCCUGGGGCAUGGCGUACUGGAUGAUAAGGUCAGUGUCGUCCUCGGGCAGAAGGCUUCGCGAUGCUUGACGGAGUUGGGAAUAAGGGUGCGCUGGAACGAGUACGAGAGCUUGGCCCACUGGUACUCUGGACCUAUGCUGCGUGAUAUCGUGGACUUCCUACAUGCAGAAACGGGGUGA